AUGUUCAAGUCUCUGGCUAUCACCAUCUCCCUCGCCGUCGGGUCGUUUUCAUUGGUCACGCCCAUCGUUCCUCAUGAGGGCGCGUAUUCCGUGAACAACCUUGACGGUCUUACGGCCGAACCCACCGACCUCACGACAGAGAUUGCCACCCAGCUCCUGGACAUCCUCGAGAAGUAUGACCUCACCUCGGCUUUUGGUGUGGUCGGCGUGCAUAACCACAUGACCCUCGCGCCGGGACAGGUUGCGUUCCAGACGGGAAACGCCACGGCCACGCACGUCGAGAUCGCUGAGUACAGCGCGGUCAAGUCUGAAGGGGUUCCGUACAACUACCGCAUCACGCCGACGGGUGACCUUCUCCCGCUCGACCUCGGCUCCGCCACGAGCGACGCGCUCGCCGCUCGUACCGCCCUCGGCGCGGCCACCUCCUCUGGCUCGUUUCUCAAGGAGUUUGCACAAACUGCCGCUGGCCACCUUGCCGGCGUCGCUUACAUCCGUCCGCUCGACCGUGCGGCUCUCACCAACGGCGCGAUCGUCAAGAACCACUACAACGCCGCGAAGACGGAGGGUGUCGCCGCGCCGAUUGCGGCCGUGGACGCCGACCCCGAGGACGCGCCUUCGUUCUGGACGCGCGGUAUCAGCAAUUCGACAGCACCUGCGGAUAUCACCAUUCUCUGCUCCAUUUGCGGUCACGGCAACCCCUGGGCGGAUCGCCGCGCCUUCGCCGGUGAUCUCUGAGCUCCUGCGACCCUGUAACACGGUUCAAGC